AUGGAUGACUCUGUCACUUGGAACUACGACAAGCCUGUUUACGACCAACAAAGAGGCCGCUGGUACUACGAGGGCCGGAGGUCUGAUGGAUCCAGAGUUCGAAAGUACCCCCCGGUUGAUGAUGGUCAAGCGGCUCAACAUGACCCGAGGACUAGUUACCAGGUGACUCCUCGUAACGAUGCCUCGGCCCUUGCGGCGGGCAUGCAGGCUAUGAGCAUCCAGCCUGUAGGGUCCUACGAGGGCGACUCCCAACACUACACGACUGUCCAGCCUGGUGGGUCCAGCCCAGCGGCCCCAAGCCAGGGACAAACUUGGUCUGAACGCCGGCCCUCUGUAUACGGAACAGCCGGCCCAACAACUACAGCGGCACCCGCGGUUGGAGCGCAGCAGGUUGGCCCUGACUUGUAUUCCCAGAGCCCAGACACCUCCCCACAAGGCACCCGAGCCGAUGCGCACUACCAGGACAGCCAUACCCAACGCACUUAUGAAUCAGAGAGCUCAGGUGGGCCAGGUCACCAACAACAGUAUGAUGGUGUGAUGAGGGAGCAGUCUGCACCUUCCUACCCAGGGCCUGGCACGUCUCCAUAUGAUCAACAGACCGCACCCAGGAACAACUUCUACGGGGCACUUGGGGGUAAUCAACUGUACGGUGAUGGUUACAGUGUCUCGUCGUCUACGCUCAUGGACUCGACCUUCACAGACACCAGAGCCCAAGACAGGUCACGAAAGCACAAACACGGUAGUAAAGCCAAGGGGAAAGGCCGAGCGGAAGCGGAUCCAUAUGGCGGUGGUGGCGGCGGCGGCGGGGAGGUUCACAAGGCGAUUACUACCAAAACUAUUCCCACUAUGGUUCCGGCGGCGGGCAACCACGGGACCGGUUCAUAUGCAGGUCAGGGUGGCUAUGGAGGACAAGGUGGACAAGCGCCCAUCCAAGCAUCGCGCUUCGGCACCAGUCCCACUGGCACUGCCCCAAGAAGCUUUCCCGACAUCUCCGUUGACGCCACUGUCGGCAGCACCGACGGGGACCUGCAAUCACUCACCAGGGGCAUGUACGAGCAAGGAGGCGGAGGUGGAGGGCCGUCGGCGGGUUACCGAGGCUCCACAUACCAGACUGCCGCUGGCGACGACCUAGCGUCGCCCAAGAGUCAUUCGAAAUCGACGAAGUCAGAUGUCAUCAGAGGCAUACCGGCAAAUUCAGAAUAUCUGGACGGCAGGUACCGAGUUGAGCCCUCGAUGAGAUUCGAGCCCGGAAAUGUUUUCAAAGUGAUGUGGUCCGAGCCAAAAGGAGGCACCAUCCCCGGUGGGGGAAGCAGAUUUUCUGAUACUCUUCUGCAAGACCAUAUGAGUGGGGUGUGGACAGGCUUCCGGCGCUUCAUUGUCAUCAGAAAUGGCGAGGGCCAUUGCAGCUGCGUACCCAUCUUGACGUACGGAAAGCUCGGGUGCCUGAAGAACGGCGUCAAGCCACACCAUCACGGCAUCGUCUUCGAGAAAGGCCAACAGCCGGUCAGACUGCCGAACGAGCCGGUCCUCAGGUUCGAACCGAUCUGCAUGGAGAUGAACCCCGGCGAGCACAUCUCGGAGGAGUCGAGGGUCAACUACUCGAAGCUCGUGACCGUUGAGCACAACGUGAAGGUGCUCUUCGUCGGUCGCAUUCUCUACGAUGACUGGCCCAUCGUGCAGCAGGCCGUUGACGACUGCUGGGACGCAAAGAAGUCGCACCCCGGCGGCACGGGCACCAGUGGCCACGGCCACAGCCAUCGCAGCGGUCAUCGGAAGAGGAGCAAAGGGUCGUAG